UUAUUCACACAUCAUGUUUAAGUUUGUAAAUUUUCGAUCAAUUUACUCUAUGGCAAGAAAUGUUAGGAUUGUAAAUAAAUUAAAAAAGACCUCAGAUACAACUUAAUAAUUUUCUAUGGCUUAUGAAGAUAAGAAUGAAGAUGAUGGUAUUAAUUUUAUGGCUAUUUAGAUGUGAUCGGAAGUCUCAAUGAUAUCAAAUUAUAAUAAGGCACAAUCCUUAGGGACUCAAAAAAACCAGACAUAAAUUUAAUUUAAGAAACUGUUUUGUUUGAUGGAGAUGAUCCUUAUUAUGAAAAAGUUGUUGAUAGGCCUGAUAAAGGAACUGUUUGGGGAUUGCAAGGGGAGCUAGUGUAACAAAGAGACAUUUUAUUUGAUCCUAAUGAAUAAUUAGACAUUUACAAGCUAAUUUCUUUUUUGGAAGUAUUCUUAUAUAAUAAUAAUUGAGAUCAAUUAAAUUAAAGACAUUGUACAUUAUGAUCUGGAAGAGUAUGGAAAGUAAUUACCUUAAAGGUAUGGUAUAGUCGGAACAAUGUAUUCGAGCAAUCAUGGUUGGAAAGUUUGUAAAGAAUUAGUAAAAGGAUUUAUGGUCUAAUACUAAAAAGAAUAAGAAGAAAUCAAGAACCUGAAUUUACGAUUGGGGAAUGAAGCAAUGGAUGCCGAACCUGAUUAGAGAGGAAUUAUGAAUUUAAAAAGACUUCAUCAUUUGGGUACAGGAACUUAUGGGAAACCUUAGAUUAGUGGAUAAAAAGAUGAUGAAUGGUUGAUGGUUUAUUAUAAGUAAUAUAUGAUUCACUUGUUGACUGAAGAUAGUAGAUAGGAGGUUGACAUAGAAGCAAAAUGGAUGUAUCAACCUACUGAGGAACAUAUGGACGAAUAUGAUAAAUUAAUGGUUGCCACUAAAACAGGAAAUAGAAGAUUUUUCGAGCCUCUUGAUAAAUGA